UUAACUUUUAAUUUUAAAAAUAAAUAAUUAACAUGUCGCUUGCUCUAGAUCGUUUUGAUGCCUUUCCCGCUCCAAAACACCAAAUGCCAUUGCAACCACACUGUCCCACAAAACCGGCAAUCAAAGUAAAUUCUACUUUGGUAAAUUCAAAUUCGCGACAUUACCAUCAUCAGGGCUACCUUCACUGAACCAAUUCCACAACACGAUCAAUAACAAUGUCAAGAAAAUUCUUAUCAUCACUACUUCGAACUUGCACAUCACACUCCACUACCUCACAAUGCCACGCCCAAACCCUCCUCCAAUCUCUACUUCCAAACGUCAUUCUCGAAACAGACCUCUUAUUAUCCUACACAAAAUUAGGCCUAGUGAACCAUGCUCGCAAGCUGUUUGACAGAAUGCCACAAAGAAAUAUGCAUUCUUGGAACAUCUUGAUUGCUUCUUACACUCACAGUUCAAUGUAUUUCGAUGCUUUAACAGUUUUUGAAGCCUUUAAACGAAGUGGGUCGUUGCCUGAUCGUUACACCUUGCCUCCUUUGUUUAAAAUUGCUAUUGGAAUAGGUGAUUCUUGGUUUGGAUGGAUGUGUCAUUGUUUGGUUAUAAAGCUUGGGUAUGGGGAAGUUGUUGUUGUAACUAACUCUGUCCUUGAGUUUUAUGUCAAAUGUGGCACCAUGUCUCAGGCUUUAUCUGUGUUCAACAAUCAUAAUGCUCCUCGGGAUUCAGUGACAUGGAAUUUGAUGAUUUCUGGGUUUGGAAGGGCUGGCAUGUAUUCUGAUGCUGUCCAUUGUUUUAGAGAAAUGUUGAAGCAUCAAGAUGGGAUUGAGUUGGAUUACAUGACACUCCCUAGCAUUUUGAGUGCUUCUGGGAAGGAAGGGGAUUUGUUGAAAGUGAAGGAAGUGCAUGGCUUUACUGUUAGGAACUUUGGUUUUGAUGCUCAUGUUCCCAUUGGGAAUGCAUUGAUCGAUAAUUAUGGAAAAUGUGGUAGCUUGAAAGAUUCAGAAAAUAUCUUCAAAACCGUGUGCUGUGCAAAUUUGGUGACAUGGACAACUAUGAUAUCCUGUUAUGGGAUGCAUGGAAAGGGGGAGGAAUCAGUUUUUCUGUUUGAGGAGAUGAUAAAUGAGGGGUUUAGACCAAAUGCUGUCACUCUCACAGCUAUUUUAGCUAGUUGUAGCCACUCUGGAUUGUUGGAUCAAGGCAAGAAGAUUUUUGACUCAAUGAUUUCAGAUUAUGGAUUUGAGCCCACUGCUGAGCAUUAUGCCUGUAUGGUGGAUCUUUUUAGCCGAUGUGGGUAUCUUGAGGAAGCUCUUCGGCUGUUGGAAAGAAUGAAGUCUUCGUCAUUGACAGGAAGCAUGUGGGGUGCUCUUCUUGCUGGUUGUGCCAUGCACAAGAAUAUCGAAAUUGGAGAAAUUGCAGCACAUCAUCUCUUUCAAUUAGAGCCAAAUAAUACUAGCAACUAUGUAGCUUUGUGUGGAAUUUAUCAGUCUCGUGGUAUGGCUCAUGAUGUUUCAACAGUUAAAGCAAAGAUGAAGGGUUUAGGUUUGGUUAAAACUCCUGGCUGUAGCUGGAUAAAUAUUGCAGGAAGAGAACAUAAAUUUUACCAAGGAGACCUUUCUCAUCCAUUUUCUUAUAUGAUUUUCCAGAUACUAUAUGAAAUUAGCAAUACUCGGUUAUCAACCAAUGAUUUGGGAGUAGGAUAUUCGCUACACGAGGAUGAUACCUUUGUCAUGGCUCUGUAAAACACUGCAGCCAUGUUCAUCUGAGCAGAAUCAAGAAUAGAUCAGCAUUAAAGUAAUGUGUUUGCUAAAUGUUAUGGUUUUAUGCUAUGAUUCUUUUGGGUUACAAGUGUCGACCAAUAUUAUGCACAAAGCUUUAUGUCUGACAUAAUCUUUUGUGGAGUAUGCUAAAUCAGGGUGUCAACUAUCAAGCAGUUCUACCAUCUCAAAGCCCAUAACUGAUUUCAGCUGAAAUGGCCAUUGCUUAGUGACCUCGGAUGCUUUGUUUCUGGCCAAGCCAGAUCGAAACCAGAGGAUGCUACUGAUUCAGACCGAGUCUGGUUUAUCCAUUCUUUUGGGCUCCUCCCUAAUAUACUGGAAGUCAAAAAAGCAAACCACAGUAUCCCUGCUGACACUUUGUGUGAAAUCCAGUUGCUUCUCUAAUUAUAAGUGGAUCUCGAGCCUCUACUGUAACAAGAAGUCUGUAAUAUAAGUUUUCCAAAAUCAAAGUUUUCAUAAGGACACCAAGCAUAUUGAAUUUGAUUGUCACUUGGUUUGAGAAAACUGCACUCCGGGUCUUCAUCUUCUUCAGCUCAACUUAGUCAUGUUGUUUUCAUAGCUUGUUAUCUGAGCGGCCGCUUCAUCUUUCUGUGAUUGAUGAAUACUGAAAGUUAGUUAUUUUUCUACUUAGAAGAAAGUAUUUUUUCUACUUAGAAGAAGUUAGUUAAUUGAAGCUUCGCUAUCUGUACUUUGAAUAUUUAC